AUGUUUGGCGAGCCAUCUAUCAAUUCCAGUAAAAAUGUUUCACCAAAUUCGAAGAGAAAGAUCACUGCAUCGGUAGCUCCAUUAAAACAAGAAGCAAAUUUGCCUCGCCAGGAUGAAGCGAAGUUCGAGAGAAACGACAAAAUGGAUAAAAGUGGAAUACCUGAUAUAUUUAAGCUGAGUGCAGAUGAAGCACGCAGUCGACUGGUGAGUCGUAAGAAAGAUCCCCGACGUGACACUCAGAUGAGUUUGAAGGAGAAAUAUAAGCUAGUUUCCAAUAUGUGA